AUGGUCUCGGCUCUGCCUCCCUCCACACAAAGGCCUUUGCCCAGUAGAGAUCUGUCCAGUUCGAGCAUCAUUACACCACUGUCUCCCCCCACCCCAACCUCAGCUAGGGCCCCGAAUCCGUUGACUUCCAAAGUCGCAACAGUUCUGUCAACUUCAUAUGCAGAUUCUGAGUUUAAAGACGCAUUGCAACUGCUCGACAGUCGAGGCCUCAAGAAUACGGCUGAAACACGCCGCCAGUUACGACUAGACCUGCAGAAGGAGGUUAUUGACAGCAAUGGAGAAAUUGUCUCUCAGUUUGGCCGGGUGGCUGAUCAAUUGCGUCGCAUAGGGGCUACCCUGGACAAGUUGAACAAUAACUAUCAAGAUGUAAGGAACCGCAUCACUGCGGCACAUGAAGACACGGGCCCGAUUUUGGAAGAGGCUUCAAACUUGAUGAAGGAGCGAGCCGAGGUUGAAUCAAAACAACACCUACUCAAGGCACUGCGCAGUCACUUCGUUCUAUCAGACAACGAAAUUGCCUUGCUGACUUCUACCGCCGAGCCUGUCGACGACAGCUUCUUUGCUGCCCUGCACAAAGCGAAACGGGUGAGCAAAGAUUGCGAGAUCUUACUCGGAUUUGAAAACCAAGCUCUGGGACUUGAGAUUAUGGAGCAAACGUCCAAAAACCUCAACCUUGCUUUCCAAAAGCUAUACAAAUGGGUACAACGCGAGUUCAAAACGUUGAACCUCGAAAACCCUCAGAUGAACUCGUCCAUCCGCCGUGCCAUCAGAGUCCUAGCCGAGCGACCUUCCCUUUUCCAAAAUUGCCUCGACUUCUUCGCUGAAGCCAGAGAACGCAUUUUGUCCGAUGCCUUCCAUCUCGCCUUGACUGGCACCACAACCUCGGGCGUAGAAGACCACUCAAUUAAACCUAUUGAAAUGGCCGCCCACGACCCGCUUCGGUAUGUGGGUGAUAUGCUUGCUUGGAUACACUCGGCGACCGUGAGUGAGAGGGAGGCACUCGAGAUUCUUUUCGUUUCAGAAGGCGACGAGAUUGCCAGAGGACUCCAAUCGGGUCGAGCCAACGAGCUCUGGCAACUUCUCGAUGAAGGCGAUGGCGAGACAGCACCCGUUUUUGAUGCCCUCAAGGCACUCAACGACCUGGUCGAUCGAGACGUCUCUGGUGCCACCAGAAUCCUGCGACAGAGGAUCGAACAGGUCAUUCAGUCCAACGAGGAGACCAUUCUCGCCUACAAGCUUGCCAACGUACUCGGCUUCUACCGGUUCACAUUCGCCAAACUGUUAGGCAGUGAGUCAAGGCUUUUGGAACUCAUGUCUGGGCUCGAAACAAAUGCAUUAAGGCAGUUUCGGUCACUCAUGAGAGACCACAUCGCCACACUGCAAGGCGAGUUCCAGCAAACGCCUUCAGACCUUGUUCCUCCAGACUUUUUGCUUGAGGCACUGAAGCAGUUGACUGCGGUUAUGAAGACGUACGAAAUCUCGCUGGCAACAUCCGCGGAUCGCGAGAGUGACUUCCAGCCCAUUCUUGCAGAGGCAUUUGAGCCCUUCUUGGCGGGGUGCGAAAACAUGGCAAGGGGAGUGAGACGGCCAGCAGACGCCAUUUUUAUGACGAACUGUUUGCUUGCGGCGAAACACACGCUGGAGCCCUUCGAUUUCACGCAGCGGAGGAGACAAGAAUUGCAGGAUAGAGUGGCAGAAGAGUGCGAAAAGCUCUCAGAGGAGCAAUAUCAAUUCUUCCUUCGGGGGUCUGGACUCGGGGAAAUCCUGGAUUCACUGGGUAAGCUUACCAAAGAGGACAACGAUGUGAAGAAGGUAGCCCUACUCGCUGAGCUUCAGCCCCAUGCAUUGAGUCGAGCAAGCCAAACACUUGACGAUUUCCUACCGUCGGCGCUCAUGGACGCUAUGGGAAAUGUCAAGCACAUGCAAGACUCAACUCUGGCGCGGGAACUCACGGAAAAGGCUGCUGGGAAGUUCUGUGACGAGUUUGAACACGUUGAGGAAAUGCUGCUGUUGGCGGAUGAACUGGCUGCCCAUGAUGGACACAUGGACGCCGACGCCGACAAACGCCAAAUGCUUCGCACCCUAUUUCCAAGAACCACAGGGGAAAUUCGGGUCCUCUUGUCGUGA